GACUUACCGAGGUCAUCUGGCCGGUGUCUCGUGAGUGUAGCCCAGAAUAAUUUUAUACUCCCAGUUGAAUAAUAAUGCCGGUCGCUCCCAACGUCUAUGGCGGAAUGUCGCAACCUUCGUGUUUAGACAGAGUAAAAUAUGGAUUUUUAAUGGGAUUUUGUGUUGGUGUAGCUAGUGGUGCUAUAUUCGGUGGAUUUAGUUGUUUAAGAUACGGUUUACGUGGACGUGAAUUACUGCAAACAGUUGGCAAAGGUAUGUUCCAAGGCGGAGGCACUUUCGGUAUGUUUAUGGCAGUUGGCACGGCGAUUCGAUGUUAGUACCAAAAGAAAAAAAACACCAAAACUAGACUGCCUUCCGCCUGCCUUAUUCAAGUCGAAAUGUACGAUUCUUGUCCAUUAUUUUCUUCUCCUGCUUUCCAUCUUGUCAUUCUGACAAUGAAUGAAUGAACCAAAUAACAAUUCUAGUAACCAGUCGUCUAUUUUUGACAAUUUUGUUAUUAUACUUUUAUUAUUCACGUAUUUUUCCCCUUGUGUGUUAAUUAAAAGUGAAAAAGUGUUCUCUAUUUAGGACGUUAGCAAUUCAUUUUUGUACAGAAAGUCGGCUAAACUUGUGUGUAUUGAUUAGUCAUUAUUAUUACCACUAAUACUGGUGUUAUAUCUAUCGUUCGUUUAUAACCUCUUCUCUUCUAAAAAUAUGUAGUACCACCGUGUUGCUUUCUUCGUCUUCUUGUAGUUACAACUUCAUUGUAGAUAUCUGUUAAUGAGAACGAAGUGUGUGUGUGUGUGGGGGGGGGAAAUAUAUUAAUCUUAUUGUUGCAUUAUGAAUAAAUUGUUGUGACUUUUUGUGUGUGGAUGAUGUAAUAUAUUGGGUUCCGGAG